CCAAAGUUCCUACUUCCCCUUCUCCUCUUGGUUCUGGAAGCCUUUGCACUCUGCACAUCUCUUCUUUCUCUUUUCACUGUUCUUUCUUGGGCUUUUCUCCAUUUUUCAGUGCUGAUCCUAGUUGUCAGCUUCUUCCUCCCCUCCUUUUUGCUUCUUAGUUCUGGAAUUUUCCUCCACCUGCACUCUGCACCUCUUCUUUCUCUUUCCAGUGUUGUUGUUGUUGUUUUUUUUUUUUUUAAUUUUUCAGUUUGGGUUUGCAAUUUCUUCUUCCUGGUUCCUGCAUAAUCUCUUCAGUUGUGAUAAAAUUGUGUCUUUUUGAAUUCUGGGGAAAGUUAUACAAUAUCCCAUAUCCUUGUUAGUGUCAAGUCGUGUCGACUGCGGCGCCGAAAAUGGCGAGUCCGAGAAAUACUGACUCUGAAAGUACGCUCGCAGGGUCUGAAGGAAGAAGUCAGGGGGAACCAUUGCCCUCAAUUCCUGGGUUUGUUUCAGGAAUUUCUCAUCAGGGAAAGGAUUAUUCUGCUCCAGUGCCCUCAACUGAUAGCGAUGCUCUUUUGAACACUGUGAAGGAGACUGAUUAUUCAGCUGCAGUGCCUUCCAAUGAAGAUGAUGAGUUUGAGAAAUGGCAGAGAGAGGUUGGAGAGGCAGAGGCGGAUAUUGGUGAUGGGUUCGGGGUUGAUUAUCAGGAUAGGCCUCUAACACCACCAGAAGGUGAAGAAGAAUUCACUGAUGAUGACGGGACUAGGUACAAGUGGGAUAGAAGUCUGCGAGUAUGGGUUCCUGAGGAUAACUCAUCAAGCAAAUAUGAGCACUAUGGAGUAGAAGAGAUGACAUUCUUGCAAGAAGAGGAAGUUUUUUCAACUGUAAGUGCUACUGUUGCUGCUGAUCUUACUGAUGCUGCUGAUGCCUCUGUUAGAGAAGAAGUUAAUGGCAGUGGGGAGCAAACUGAAGCAGGUUCUAAUGCCAAGAGAAAAUUGUUGGAAAAGAAAGUUGAGAAGAAGGAACCUAAUAAACCUCCUGAUUCUUGGUUUGAAUUGAAAGUCAAUACAAAUGUCUAUGUGACUGGAUUGCCUGAUGAUGUAACUGCAGAAGAAUUGGUUGAGGUGUUUUCCAAGUGCGGGAUAAUCAAAGAGGACCCUGAAACAAAAAGACCUCGUGUGAAGAUCUAUGUUGACAAGGAGACAGGAAGGAAAAAGGGGGAUGCACUUGUCACUUAUCUGAAGGAGCCUUCUGUUGCUUUGGCUAUGCAAAUUUUGGAUGGGACACCUUUACGUCUCGGUGGCAAGAUCCCUAUGUCAGUCACCCAAGCUAAAUUUGAGCAGAAAGGGGAGAAAUUUAUAGCCAAACAAGUGGACAACAGGAAAAAAAAGAAAUUGAAGAAAGUUGAGGAUAAGAUACUCGGCUGGGGUGGUCGUGAUGAUGCAAAGGUGACAAUUCCAGCGACUGUUGUCCUACGUAACAUGUUUACUCCUGCUGAAAUGAGGGCAGAUGAAAAUUUACGUUCCGAGCUGGAGGAGGAUGUUAAAGGGGAAUGUGUGAAGCUUGGUCCAGUGGACUCAGUCAAGGUUUGUGAGAACAAUCCACAAGGUGUUGUUUUGGUAAAAUAUAAGGAUAGGAAGGAUGCUCAAAAGUGCAUAGAGUUGAUGAAUGGACGAUGGUUUGGUGGGCGACAGGUCCAUGCAAGUGAAGAUGAUGGAGUGGUUAAUCAUGUUUUGGUGCGGGAUUUAAACGAGGAUGCUGUCCGAUUGGAGCAAUUCGGUGCUGAACUUGAAGCUGAGUGAGUUUAGUCAGACCACUCAAAUGCGUUGAUGCUGGAACUGGCUUAAUUUUGUAUUCUUAAACUAGUGGCUGUGCAUAAAAUGAUUAUUCAGAUUUGAUGUUGGGGAUAUUUCUUUUCUAUGUUUCAGUUGAAGGUUCAGAUAACUACUGAUUAUUCCUUUUUCCUUUCUUUUAAUAGCAUAGCAACAUAGCUCAUUACUAGUCUA